CGAAGAAAAUUCGAAUAAACCCAAAACAAAGCCCAGAAAGCAACAGAAGACCUAGGACAUUGGAAAUGGGCAUCAAGGAUCUCCUGAGGUUCAUGAAACCUUACAUCGAACCUAUCCACAUCAAGGAGUAUGCCGGAAAACGCGUGGGUAUUGAUGCGUAUUCGUGGCUGCAUAAAGGGGCUUAUUCGUGUAGUAUGGAGCUUUGUCUUGAUUCCGAGAGUGUAAGGAAGUUGCGAUAUAUUGAAUACUUUAUGCAUAGAGUGAACUUGCUUCGCUUCUAUAAAAUAACUCCGGUUGUUGUUUUUGAUGGUGGCAAUGUUCCUUGCAAGGCAGCAACGGAGGAAGAAAGGAACAGAAAAAGAAGGGCUAAUCGAGAAUUGGCAAUGACGAAGCUCAAAGAAGGGAAUGUUGCUGCAGCUUCAGAGCUCUUCCAGAGAGCAGUGAAUAUUACUCCGGUUAUGGCACAUAAGCUAAUCCAGACCCUGAAAGCAGAGAAAAUUGAGUUCGUUGUAGCUCCAUAUGAAGCAGAUGCUCAGUUAGCGUACUUAUCUCACCUUGGGGUAAAAAAUGGUGGGGUUGCAGCAGUGAUCACUGAAGAUAGUGAUCUUAUAGCAUAUGGCUGUCCAGAUAUUAUUUUUAAGAUGGACCGAAAUGGGAAUGGUGAAAGAAUACAGUUAAAGAAGGUAUUUUCGGCUGAGUUUGGUAGACCUUCGUUUCGGAGUUUCAACAUGGAACUUUUCACAGGUAUGUGUGUCUUAGCUGGCUGUGAUUUUCUUCCAUCUGUUCCUGGAAUUGGUAUUGCUCGAGCUCAUGCUUUGGUUUCCAAGUAUCGGAACCUAGAUCGUAUAUUGUCUGUUCUUAAGCUUGAGAAAGGUAACCAAAUGCCUGAAGAUUAUGCCAAAACCUUUCAAGAGGCUGUUGCAGUUUUUCAGCAUGCUCGAAUAUAUGAUACCACUGCCAAAGAACUGAAACACGUGAAGCCUCUUCCACAAAAUUUUCUUGAGUCACAUGAUGGGAAUCUCGAUUUCUUGGGGCCAGAAAUUCCCCCAUCUAUAGUCAAAUCAAUAGCUGAAGGAAACUUGAAUCCAUCAACUAAGAAAGCCUUUGAUAAGUCUGAAACUUCUAGAUUUCCUCUGCACCCCACUGAUCUCCAAAGCUUUGAUCAAGUCCAGAAAGUUGAAGUUCCUACACCAUCUAGGCCAAAGAAUAGCUUCUCAAUCAUUGCUUCCCAAUACACCAGAGAAAAUAGUACAGUCACAAGGCUUUUAGAUGAAGACAAGUAUUCCAAUGAAGCCUUGGCACUUGAAAAACUAAUCAUGCCUUUGGGAACAGUUGGAACAGAAGAAAAGACCAUUGUAUCUGAUAACACUCCUUUGAAGGUUCCUGAUAACAAUCCAUUUAGGAUAAGAAAAAAUGAGGAAAGAUAUCUGACAAAGGAGAAUGUUGAAAAGAUUUCUGUUGCAAGCAGCAUGGAAUAUACUGACUUGUGCAUGUCUCCAGAUAACUUUCAAGAAGAGGGGUCUGACGGGAAUCUCUUAAAGAAGAGGAAAUUUCUGAACACUUUAUCAGAUAAAGUUGAAGCCACCUAUGAACCGGUUUCAGUAGUGACUGAAGCAGAAAAAUCUGAUGUAUGUUUGACAGUGGAAUCCCCAGAAAGUGUAACUUCUGAGCCUAAGAUAAUUGCUGAUUUGAAAGGAAGAAGUGAAAGUAAAAAGAAAUCCAAUAGAAGAAGCAACAGCAAGAAAACGGGGAGUAAUAACAACAGAACACUUUUGCAUUUCUUUUCUAGAGUGUAAUCAUUCUGAAUAUGUACAUGUCCAUAUUUUUUGUUCUGCGGAAAGUUUGACUUCAUUUCUCAGAGCUUAAUAGUGAGAACUAUAAAUUAAUUAUAACUUAAAUAGAAA